UGUAAACAAAUAAUUUCGGAACUCUUCUGUCGUUUUCGAUUGCAUGUGAAGUGUUGAUUUCUAAAACAUAAAACAGUUUAAUUACGUUAAGUGUUCGCACAUUUGAAAUUUCGUGUAAAUAUUUGAAUCAUUAAAUAUUUGAAGUGCAUAAAAAAAAUGACAAAGAGAAAACAUGACGAAUGAACACUCUCUUUCCUGGAGUUCCGAUAUAUAUAUUUCGCGGGAAAAUUCGAAGUAAAAAACGCGGGAACAAUUACAACCAGCAGCGAUGUCAGUAGAGACAGUUCUGAAACAACUAUUCACAUUUGUUACAACUUUAAACAAAGCCCAUUCUGAUCAAGUCAAGAAAUGGGAUGCAAAAAGUUUACAGAACGCCUUUAACUGGGCAAGAUAUGCUGAAGAAGUUCAUAUGAAGUUAAAGGCCAGAUCGUUUGUAGAGGACUUGGACAAGCAGAUAAAAGUCAUGACAGUACAUUUAUCACCAGCAUCAUGUUGUCAAAUGAGUUUUGAUGAACUUGGAAAAGCAUCACAGAUAAUGUUUUUGACUCUAAUGCAGAAUCCAUACUUUCCAGAGAGUCUAGUAGAGAAUCUCUUUUUAGCAUAUAUGGGGAAGCAGGACAGUUUCAGUUUUAGAACGGAUGCUGAAUGUUCAGUUUUAUCAUCAAACUUGACCACUUUGACAAUUGGUCAGGAUAUGAUGAAGUCCAGUGCUGAUGGACAGAAUGACCUACUUAAUGUGAAUUCUCAAGCAAAAUUGUUAUUAGAUGGAUUGUCAAGUAUUGUGCCAAGACUUAACGAGACUAAAGCAGAUUCAUAUAUUAAAAUAUUACUUCAAAGAAUGACUGAAUUCAAAAAUGGAAUAUCUGUAAUAGUUACGAUGUACUUGCAAUCAGGUCUAACUGAAGAUGAUGUUAGCCAAAUGAUUUGCACUUCUAUAAUUCAGUAUUUGCAACAUAAUACAAAUAUCACGUUUGAAAAUGUUCCUGUUGAUUUGUUAGUGCAGACAUCCUCUCUUGAUUUUAGAUUUUUAGAUAUUUUUAUAAAUUGGCUUAUUAAUAUGGCACAACAUUUUUCAGUGAAUUACCCUGAAGGAGAGAUGUAUGAAUGGAAAUUUAACAAUGCUGAAUCUUCCAUGGAUUUUCGAACCAUUUGUAGUUAUUUCAGUCAAUUAAGCAAAGCAAAUGAAGACGUUAAGAAGAAACUACAAAGAAAACUUAAAGAAUAUAGUAUGGAAUCAUUUGCAAAUAUUUUUAGAGAUAUUUUAAAGAAUUUGCAGUAGCUACAUUAUACAUUCUUGUACGUCUACUUUUUGUACAUGUUUGAAUCAUGCAUUUGCUCCUUUCAGUUCAACAAUUAUUCAUUGGAACAUUUAAUUAUUUACCAAGCUUAGUUAUUACGCUUAUUAUUUUUUAAAGUCUAAUUCAUUCAAGUUAUAUUAAAAACAUAAAAAUAAAUAUUAAAAGGAU